GCCGUUAUUAUGACGGGUCCGCGCCCGCGCGUCGCUGUACAUCAUAUGUGUUCCGGCGAGCCGUGUGGCAGCCCUCUCGCCGAACAUCACGUCGAGUAAUGGCGCUAAUGCCAGAGCGUUAAGGUGUGAUCCGGCAGACAACCAUGACAAGAUGGUAAAACGCUGUGGUGCACCGGGAGGCGAUACGUUUCCGCAUACGUGAGCUACGACCGGGGCGGGACGGGCGGCACGGGGAGGUUUGGGUUACGAUGAGUACUGACAGUCAUGAUCAGACGAAAUCCUGCAAAACACCCGUCAGGAGCGAGGAGGAGAGCGCGUUCGAUGGCAAACGGAUUAAAAAAGAGUACAAUGACACUUGCGUGGAGAAUGGCGACACCGCCUCGUCGGCCACAGCCGCCAACGUCGUCGCCGCCGCCGCCGUCGUCGAGAAACGACAGCAGUCUUCGCUGCUGCCGCCGCCGUCGCCACCGCCACCGCCGCCGUCGGCGGUGCCGGCCGGCAGCAGGUUCGUUUCGAAUGGCUUUCAUGAGGAUAAUGGUCCGAUUCAAGACAUCGUUGCGACGAAAUUCGCAACACUGGCCAACCAUAGCACUUCCAAGCAGGACAAGAUUCGGAUCAUGAUAGAGGAUGGCAUCAGCGAAGAAUCCAAGGUGCGCGUGCAGGAGAUUUUCUCACAGGUGGAACGACUCAAGACAGAGGAAAAGUUAUUAUUGUACCUGAAACUUCCUUUAUUGCUGACAAAUCCCAGUGGUACUAUCGAUCCUCUGAGGCAGCCGUUAAAUCCAUUAGGAAAUCGUUAUGAAAUUCAUCAGACCAUUAUGUGGAUCAAGACGCAUCUGGAGGAAGACCCGGACGUCUCCUUGCCGAAGCAGGAAGUCUAUGACGAGUACAACGUGUAUUGUCUAAGAAAUUCUAUGAAGCCAUUGUCAACGGCGGAUUUUGGAAAAGUCAUGAAACAAGUAUAUCCGCGAGUACGUCCUCGUAGACUGGGUACACGAGGCAACUCUCGCUACUGCUAUGCGGGUAUGCGCAAGCGAAUUAAAUUGGACCCUCCGACACUGCCAAAGAUAUCUGGCCCUCAAACUGAAGAACAUUCGGAGGAGAACGUGACCGAGGAAAUGUUAGGCGCUGCAUCUACCUUGAUAAGGGAGUGGGCGGAAAACUUGUUAGGCCUGAAAUUUCCAAACUUGAGUGCCUUAGCGCGGCAUCUUGUUGAUAAUCUUUGCGUCGAUAUUCGAUCUCUGGCUGCUGUGUGCAUACUGUCCGCUUCAGUCGAGCCUAAAGCUUCAUCUAACAAAGAGCCAAUUUCUGAUCUACCGACUACGCCUACGAGCGGUAAACCUGCGAAACUCCGGGAGGCUCAAUUACAGUUGCAACGUAAGCUUCAGCAACGGGAACAUAUUAGGGAUCAGAAGCAUCGUCAUCUGGACACUAUUGUACAGAAUAAGGAAAAAACCGUCGACGGUAAAGGAAAUAUCGCUAAAGGAUGCAAGAAAGUCAAGUCUAACCAGUCACCUCAAGGUACAAACGUAUCAGCGACAGCAGUGGCCGCGCAAAACUCCCUGGCAAAGGUGAUCAUAUCCCCCAUAUUUUGCAACCGGCAAAAGAAAGUAUCGAAAACUUGCAACCAGCAGCAGCAACAACAGCAACAACAGCAGCAGCAGCAGCAGCAACAGUCCUGCAAUGUCUCCCUGGAGUCUAACUGUGAUAAUGUAGUGGUACAAUCAGGCGAAGACGGACAGAAUAAUAGCACAUCUAGAGUAGUGGCGACCGUGCAGCAACGCGACGUCAAAGGUAAACAUUCUAGGAAACGUGCCAAUAAUCCAGCCGUAGCAGCGCCGCAGGAACCCAGCCCCGAGAAGCAAACGAAGCUCGCCGACGAGAGCCCAGAGCAUUCCAAUGUUUUGCUACCCAAGUUAGCGUCCAUCCAACGCGCCGGCAAGAUCUCGGUGAUACUGGCCGGAAAUUCGAAGUUCAUCAAGUGCAAAGCGGUCGGUGAGGCUGCGGAUAAUAAUAGCCAGCCCGCGAAAAACUGUGAUAUCGACUCGUUGAGGAGCUGUCCGACCGUAGGCACGGUGGACACGUCCUCAGGACUCCUCACGAGGGACCAGAUCCGCCUCUUACAAGACACGCCGGUCUUGAAGGGCGAGAAGCUCCGGGGCAUCGACACGGACGCCCUGGACGAUUAUCUGAACGGCGGGAACAAUUCGCAGGAGCAGGAGGAGGAGCUGCUGCAGUACUUUCAGCAGAGCAGCUCGUCCAGCUCGGACGUGGAGACCGGCGUCGUGGGCUCGGACGCCGAGCAGGUCUCUCGUUCCGACAAGGUGUCGCAACUGCGGCUGAUGCUGCAGCAGAAUCUGAAGGCGCCCAUCGUGGCCGCCGCCGCCGCCGCAGCCGCCGCCGCCGCCGAGCUGCUGCCGACGACUGUCGUUCGGCAGAGUGUCGCCGUCGAGAAGCGAGACACGACGCAGAAGCACAAUAUCGUGUUGCCGACGCUCAAUCAUCCCAACCCGGGCAGCACGCGCCGUCGCGUCAGCUUCGAGACGAACGUCGUCGAGCACGUUCAAGAGGCGACGACGCCGGCGGUUGUCAACACCGUGCCGCAGAGCCCGAACACGCGACGCAGGAUAUUCAACUUCACGCCGAUCUCGCCCGGACCGCAUUCCCCGAUCAACGGCCGCGCGUCCAAGUCGAGCUCGGCGAAUGCAAGCCCGUUCGUGUCGCCCCGCAACACCCCGGUGCCGAGAUCGCGCAGCAAUCUGCAGCCGAGCUCGAGAUCGCGCGGCCAGAAGAUGCUCGCGCGUUCCAUCUCGUGCGGCGUGCCGUACACCAACAAGAACAACGACACCUUCAUCGUGCCGACUUCCAGCGGGACGGAGGUCGCGCGACACGCGCCGGUAGCCACGACCAAGUCGACGGAGGUUAUGCCGAAGGUGACUCCGUGCGCGUUUGUGGAUCUGAUGCCACAGAAAUCGCUACUGAUCAAUUACCCGAGCCAGGAGAAUCUACAAGAGAUCAAGAACGUCUACCAAAAGGGUCAACCGCCUCCGCCCGACCAGGAGAUCACGGAGCUCCUUCACUCCGGCCGGAACUUGAGCAACGAACAAUUGUUCUACAGGUCACAGUCGGUGCCGUUGCACAGGAUGGUGAAUCCCGCGUCCCUCAUAUCCCCGAUCUCCACGCAGUAUUGCUUGUCGACGGUGCACAGUCAGAGCUUCAAUCCGUCGACCAGCAGUUCGGUCGCGCCCACGCCGGUGCCGAGCGAGUACAACGACUUCGGCUCCGGCAUCGGGCAGGAAGGCGCGUAUUUGUUGGACGAAGCGAACUUCAUGUCGGAACCACCGUUCCUGAUUACGGACAAGGGGAUCACCUCGGAGAACAUCAGUAACAUCCUCACGAUCUUGGACGAAGAGGACCAGCCGGGUCUGCAGAUGCUGCCUGAACAGACCGAGGAGACGCUGAACAGCGCGAUCGUCUUGGACGUUUUGCCGAACGCGAAUCUAAACCUGUCGGAAGAGGACAUGCUGGACGCGUCGAGCAUCCUAACCGACGCCGGCGGCACGCUGCAGAAGAUCAUUCAGUCGCGCUCAUACCCGAACACACCACUGCCGGCGCCGGUCUCCGCAUUCACCCCGUCGUACGCCGAGGACAGCAACGGCUCCAGGUCGUAUCCGUCGACGCCGCUUCACACGGUGCAAUCGCAGGAAGUGUAUCAGGAUCCCGGCGAGCCGAUACUCUCCAGUCCCACCCUGAGUUCUCUCAGUUUAUCGGGCGACGUUGUCGCUAACAACAAUAACAACACCAUCAGCACCGCCACCACCGCCACCAUCACCACCAUCAGCACCACCUCGACCACGGCCACCACGACCGACACCACUAUCAUCAUCACCAGCACCAACGCCGCCUCCACGAUCGCCACCACCGCCACCGUCGACGACGUCGACGCCGUCGUCGCUGUGGUCUCCUCCUCUUCCAGCAGUCUCUGCAGAAACGUCGCCGAUCUGCUGGAAGCGAGUUUCCUCGCGGAAGCCGACACUGAGUCCGACGAUCUGGAUCCUCUCGGGAAUUUUGACGGCCUGCAAGACGUCGACUCGUUGACACCGCUGUUCAACGACGUCACUGAGCCUAAUCGCUGAGCGGAAGCGUUGUCCCCCCUCCCCCCGAUUCUCCAUUUUACAUUCGCACGGCGAAAGGGUGUGGUGAAAAAGUGUAGACUGUUUUCGAUCCAGUGGUUCUCACACACACACGCGCGCACGCGCGCGCGCGCCCACACACACACACACACACACACACACACACAAUUGUAUUAUCUGAUAGAACAUUUUUUAGAGUAGAAAAUUAGCUACAGGAUGUAUAAGUGAAUUUUAAUAAGUAACGGAAGAAUUAUCCGGUUUUAAGAUAUAGGAUACCUCGAAUAGAUUUUGCCGAGUCUAUUGCGACGUAAUUUAAUCGUACGACAGUUUCAAGUAUUUUAGUUAUUAUUUUUUACUACUGAUUGUGUAUAGAUUAUUUGUAAAGGAAAUGAUUUCAGCUUAUAGUAAAUAUUUUGAAAUAUGCGAUUUACUAUUCAGGCUGUAUCAAUGACUGUUUCAUCUUUAUCGCAAUAAAGGGUAGUAUUGAAAUGUGCGAAUUUGGAGAUUUGCAAAAUUUUCACGGAGGAUGUGUAUUUGUUAAAUGACUAAAGUUAUAUAAGUAUACACGAUAUGUACGUGUGAGCGUAUAUGCGUACGUGUCUUUUUUACAAUAUCGUCACUCUGGCAUCAAUUGUCAAAUGUAAUUUCAGUUUAUAAGUUCAAUUUGGUGCAGUGCUUGAAGGACAACCCUUACAUUUCAUAAACUCGUUACUGUCAUUAAUUCAAGAAAUAUCCGCUACGCACCGCUACUAUCUUCAACAGAGUCAAGGUUGUAGUGCGACUCAAUGGCAAAUCAGGCGCAUCUUUAUUUCGAAGUAUAACUACUCGAUAACAACGAAGACCACGGACGUCCUUUAUUAUCGUAUACCAAGAUAAAUCAUCAAAGUUCUGUCACGGAAAUUACAGAUAUCUUACGCCUGAAAACAAGCAAGAAAUUUCUAAUAAACAUAGAUCUCAAAUCUAUUACUUCUCGAAAUACAACCACUUCUAAUUAUAUGAGAGCUAUUCGAUAAUAUGUCUGUGCAAAGUCAAAAGAUGGCGCCUAUAGUACAAUGUUGAUGUCUUUCUCAGUUUCCGGCAUUACUUAUAGGAGUAUAUACCAAGUUUCAAUAGAAUACGUUCAUUAUUCCAUUGUUGGCAGUCAUUUGAAUCGAUCAAGUUUUGAUUUGUGAGAAAUGGAUGAAAGAGAACUGCGUGUAGCGAUCAAACAUUACUUUUUGAAAGGCAAAAUGGUAUUACUAUAUGGAUGGGAUCAAAAAAACUUGGACAUCGUCUUGAAUUAAAUGUGUAGACUUGAAAAGAGAUUAUGUUGAGAAAUAAAAGAUUUUUCUCGGAAAAUUGAGUCUCCUUUUUGCACGGACUUAUCGAACAGCCUUCGUAGCAUGAAUUGAAUUUUUUAUUUCUUUUAUUUUUAUUCUUUAGGAGCUAUGUUAAAAUUUAAUUUGCAGAGAGGCAUUAGGUACAUACACAUAUGUAUUAUUUUGUUUACAAUCGUUUAUUUGGUUAACCAAUCUAGUGUGCUCCAACUCUUUUAGUUUACAUCAAUCUAUCAUAUCUACAAUCAGCCAGAUGCAUAUGUAUGUAUGUACAUCAAAUGGAACCAUGAUAAAAUAGAUUAACGAUAAUCAGAUAUUAACAUUCAUGUGGACUAUUCAUUUUCUAAUUGUGAAAUUAAAUAGAUAAUCGAUAUAUAAUGUAUCUCAAAAAUUACAUGUUUUUUGAGCCACAUUUUUUUUCUUCAAGUUAAUUUGGGCACAUAUUUACCUUAGCAUUUCUUCCCGUUAUCUUACCUUUAUCACCUUUUCUUUUUGUACAGUUCCAAAUUAUAACUUAUUUAAAAUUCACUUGACUAUGAGAGAUACUAAUUAAAAAAUACUAACUAAAGAAUAUGAUCUUAUCGUUUACUUUUGUUGCGAAAUUUCCAUUAAUUCGCUUGUUUUUUUGUUAAUUGUUCACAAAUUAAAUAGGUGUCUCCGCACAUGUUGUUUCAUAAGACAAAUUUCAUGUUCUAAAUCGACCAAAAACUCACUGGAGAAAUACCCAAUUUGUUUUACGAUGUUACUAAUUAUAUUCUAACCAAAUCCGCAUCUCAUAUUAACCAGUUAACUGUCGAUCUCUUUGCAAAGCGCCCACCAGUGUGUGUCGCGAUAAUCAAGCGAGUUAGCUCUCAGGAAGUUAUAAAUCCAACUCAAAUUAUUUAUAAUUUUCAUUUGUUUGUUUCAUUUCGUCUUGACCUCUAAACAUUUUACCCAUAUUAAAAUU